ACAGCACUACUUGCCAUUGUUUAUAAACUAUAAAACAAUAGAGAACGUUACAGCUACAGUAAAGAGCAUGCAAUCCGAACACUGGGGCGCCAUGGAUGAGGAGAGCGUUGGGCUCGCGCCCGACAAGUAUGUGCCGACGACAGCCAAGCGGCUAAAACUGGACGAGAUACGGCAACGCGGCGAUUUGGCGCUGCUGCCCGUGGACAAACACGAUCAAAUCGAGCUGAAGAGCUCGCUGGUCACGCAAACUAUCGAGGUGAUGAAACAAACCGAAGUGCUGCAAUCCCUCAUCGAUACGUACUCGAACAAAAAUGGCACUUCGAACUAUCUGCUCAAUCCCUGCCAAAUGAUACCCGAAGUCGACUUCCCGCCCGAAAAUGCCGCCGAUUUGGUGAGCGAACAAAAAUUCCAGAAACCCAUCUGGUUUAUACCCACUGUGGACACGGCAUACUCACGCGGUGACCCGCAACCGCAUCCGGAGAUCUCUAGCAAUACCUGCCGCCAUGCGCUACGCAAAGUCAUGUGCGGCCUGCUGCGUCUGGCCGGCUUCACCGACUGCUCCGAGACAGCGGUCAUGCUGCUAACCGAUGCGGCCGAAGAAUUCUUGCGCAGUUUCAUCACCGAGUAUCGCGGCUACUAUGACAUCGAUGACAGGCUGGAGAAGUCGACAAUGCUGCAGCUGCUGCCGCUGGAGCGGGCCUACUUCAGCAUGACGGGCACAUCGCUCACCCAGGUGCACAACUACUACAAGCACAAGGUGAUAACGCGCAAUCGCGUCGAGAUAGCCGAGUUCAACAGCGUGCUGCAAGAGUACGACAAGCUGAUGAAGGAGAGCCAGAGCAGCAUGCAGAAGCAGCAGCAGCUCCAGCAGCAUCACGACUUCAAUGGCCACGACUUUCUCAACAUACUCGAAAUGCAGUCGGGCGACGAUGGCGCCAGCAGCGCCAACGGCAGCAACAGCAUGGGCAACAUUGUUGGCGACAUGCUUCAAGAGCUGGGCGGCAGCACAAACUCCAGCAUCUCGCUGAGCAACGGCCAGCAGCAAAUACUAACCGGCAAUGCAUUGUACGGCCUGCUCGAUGGGCAAAUGAGCAAUACCAGCUCCACAAUGGCCAGCACCAGCAACAGCAACAACAACAACCACAACAACCAUAACAACAGCAACAACAACAACAACUAUCAGAACAAUUUUGAUACUUAGCACGACAGACAGCAC